AUGGGUACCUGCUCCCUGCCCCAUGGACACAUGUAUACACACACACACAUGAGUCACAUGCUCUUCUCGGCCUCUGCCACCAGCAGCUCUUGCCCCAGCCAGAAAUGGCCAGCUCGCUGUCUGUCUGUCUGUCCCCUCUGUCUGUCCCUUGGAGAAGACACAGAGUUAUCUCUAUGCUGUCUGCGGCCAGGUGCCUGCACCCUCUGGAUCUCACAGACUGGGUUUUCUUCCUUUCUCUCCAUUUGGGGAAAGAACCUUCAGGACUGCUUCCUUGGCCCACCGGUCAUGGUCCCCAAAACCGGGUCAGUCAUUCCCCGCCAGGCCCUGGCCGGGCCCAGACACAACUUUGAUGGACGAGCCCCACUGAGGCCAGAGGGAAGGUCUGAGGCUGCUGGGGUCUUGGGCUGGAGCUCGGCGGAGGUGGCGGGGCUGGGUGGAGCAAGAGCGAAGGGCCCAGCUGCACCGAUGAGAGAACUUUUUUAUUCUUUGGGCCUGAGGGGAGUUCUGGGUGCCUUUUUUUAA